CUCAAUACAACAGGGACUGGAUCGAUCCAAACAACGCACCAAAACCAUGUCCAUAAACCCCAAAUGAGAUCUAUACGAUAAGCCCCAACCCCGAUAAGAUACCAUUAUCAACACGUGACCACAAUCAUCCAGAACUGACCUAGGUCCAACCUCAAAAGAAGCCAACACGAACCAUCAUCCAGCACGCAGAACAAACCCUCCUAUCCCAAAAAUGCCGCCCCCAACGUUCUCCUACGGCCUCAAUCUCGCUAACAAAAAACAACCAAACGCGCGCCCCGGCGCCCCGGGGGCCCUUGGGCAAAAGCGCAAGAAAACCAUCUUCGACUCGGACUCGGACUCCGAAAGCAAAGACACGGGAAGCGGGGAAGUCGAGAUCUCCACACUCGGUGGACUAGACGAGACGAAACGCACCUCGGCAAAGCCAUCUACGACGGAACCUCCCGCGAAGCGCAAAGUGCCAUUCGGGGGAGGCGCAACGGGGAAACCGAACGUGAAGCCGCUGAGCAAGAGUUCUAUUUUCGCGGAUGACGAUGAGGAUGAGACGACGGAGCAGCAGACGGGGGAUAGCGGGGCUUCAUUUGGGUUGAAUACGAAGAAGGGCGGUUCCGCAGCGGGGAGUAAGGAAUAUGUGAACCUGUCUGCGAUGCAUAGCAGUAAGAAGCAUGCGCAGGAUGCGGAGGAGCUCGAUCCGUCGAUUUAUUCUUACGAUGCGGUGUAUGAGAGCUUGCAUGCGAAGCCUGGGAAAGAGAAAGCGGCGGCGGAGAAUAAAAACGAGGGUCCGCGGUAUAUGGGGUCUUUGUUGCGGAGUGCGGAGAUCCGCAAGCGCGAUCAGCUUCGCGCGCGGGAUCGGAUGCUGGCUAAGGAGCGGGAGGCGGAGGGCGAUGAGUUUGCUGAUAAGGAGAAGUUUGUGACAUCUGCGUAUAAGAAGCAGCAGGAGGAAUUGCGGAAGAUGGAAGAGGAGGAGGCGGAGCGGGAGCGGCAGGAGGAAGAGCGACGGAAACAGAAUGGAAGUACUGGUAUGGUUGAUUUCUACAGGGACAUGCUAUCUCGGGGUGAACAACAGCAUGAGGCUGUUAUGAAGGCUACGGAAGAGGCUGCACGGCGGGUGCAGGCUGGAGAAGCUCCGGAAGAAACAGAGGAUCUCAAGGAGAAGACAGAAGCGCAGAAAGCCGAGGAGCUCAAUGCACAGGGUGCCCAUAUUGCCAUCAAUGACGAAGGACAGGUUGUCGAUAAGCGACAGUUGCUGUCUGCUGGUCUCAAUGCUGCCCCCAAACCCAAGCAACAGCCCUCUGCGGCCACGGCUGCUGCUGGAUCGCGCGCUUCUGCGCCAAGGUCCCGGUUCCAAUCGGAGCAACAGAACGCUCGGGCUGGCCAGCGCGCUCGUCAAACAGAGAUGAUUGCUUCGCAACUGGAAGAGAGAGCGCAACAGGAAGAAGCGGCCGAGGCAGCACGGCAGAAAGAAAUCGCAGAGCGCAGCCGCAGCCGCAAGACCGAGGGAGAUGUCUCGAGCGCGAAGGAGCGAUACCUGGCGAGAAAAAGGGAACGAGAAGCCGCAGCGAAAGGCAAGGGUGCCUAGCCCUUCUUCCCUCGCUUUUACUGUUAACUGUUUCAAUUACUUGGGAGUCACAGGGGCUAUGGUUGCAUAAAUGAGGCGUUGGACAUGGUAUUGUAUAUGCGUAUAAUAGAUGUAUGAUAAAUGCAAAAAUCAAUAUUCUUCCGGUAAGAGUAAGCAAUCAAUCUGCAAAAGACAAAUGAGAGACUUGCCCUGCACAUGACCACAGGAUCCGUGUCACCUGAAGCGUGUCAGCUUCUCCUUCCAUCUCGCAUUGUAUAUUCAGUACUCUACAGCGCAGUACAAACCAGUCUCAACUACCCAUGUUGUUAUCAAAGGAACACAUUCAGCCCAUGGCCCAUUGAACAAGCAUAGCGAUCUCAUAGACUUAC